CCGCGACCCCCAAACAUGCUCCACGCAGGUCACACACAUCCUCGCCUCUCUCCUUCUAUCAUUCCUGCACACAAUUCUCCGAAUCCGUGAAAUAUCUGUGCUGGUCCAUGCGUCCAACAAGCCCGGCGACUCGCUCGGAUAUCUAUCAACCCACCACUCACGCAAUGUGCCUGGUCCUUGAACCCGCUAGGCGAGCACUGUGCACGCCGGCCGUGAGUCAAUAGGACACAUAGCACACCAUCGUAUGCUGAGUAAUGCUAUAUAUUGCACAUGCCCCGAGGAUGCUUCAUUCACCGUUGUACACCGUAAGCCCUACCUUAGGAGGAUCAGCAUCUCCCUACCCAAGCAAUCGAGUCACUCGCCAAAGACAGUCAUAUCAGUCCACACCCACCCACAGCCCGCACAGCGCAUACCAACAAGCCAAGCUCACAUCGCCUCCCACAUAUCACAGGUGUCGUAUGUGGAAAUCCGAUACGAUCCCGGCCGUCCAGCGCCGCAUCCACCCUCCCGAGUAUCAACGGGCACUCGCGCCUCCAUGCAUUGUCAACGGCUCGCCGCAACCGCCAUCCCGCUAGUGAGGCCUCAAAGAGCAGCGCCGAGGGCGAGAAACAGGCGGGCGGCGCGCACGUUGUCUUCCUAUCCCAACCCAGUCAAUAGAAAACCGUGUAUAAUUCCGUUGUGCUGCAACAGCGUUCCGUCUAGCCCCUCAUUGGCGCGGUCGCUACGCCUCAUCUUGCUCUACGUGUGAUAGAGUGGGUUCCUCGCAUGCUGCCCCACCAAUCAGAAGGAUAGCUAGACGGCCAUGAGAUUUUCUCCGUGGAAAUGGCUGCUCUAACAGUAAGACCUACAAUGUAAAAUCUACAAAUAUUGAUUACGCGGCAUCAGGAUGGUCGUGUGCAAACUCUGGCGAGUCGAAAUCCAGGUCACAGAAUUUCAUAUCAUUGACAUGCAUACCUACCUAUCGAUACCUACCUAUCGAACGGUGCUUUCAAGGCAG